AUGUCUAAUGAGCUGACUGAAGACAAUGCCUUCGAGUGGACAGUCAAGAGACUCGCUCCUAUCGACGAUAUUGUGAAACAGUUUGAACACGAUAUCCACAAAGGGAGAUUGGUGGUUGAGUCUUUGAAGGAAUGGGUGGCCGGCUUGGACCCGGACUCCUAUAUACGCUUUGAGCCUCCGCCGGAGCUCCAGGCUGAGUAUGACGAGUACAAGGAUGCGUGUCAUGAGUUCGCGGACAAGAAGGCAGUGUACAUGCGCCUCCUAGAGAAACCUCGCAAAAACGCGCACCCAGAGGAUCACCUGGACAGGGCAAGAGCGGCGGUAGAGUGGGCCGAUGCCGCUAUCAGGGCCGCAAAGGGGCGGCUCCACGUAUUAGCCACCUACCAGAGCGUUUACCACACCCUUCGAUCAAUCAAUGGGCAUAUUCAACAGGCGGACGAGGCAAUUACCAGCGGGAGCAACGCAGUCAGGGCAGUUAAGGGGCAGCUCAAAUACAUUUGCUUGAGACACAAGCGUUUCUUCGAUAAAGACGUGUUCAAAUAA